AAAUUUGUUAGUUUAGGAAAAACAGAUAUUUCCAAGUUAGGGAGUGUUAUUUUGGAAGAAAAAUUAAAAGUGGCGAAAAUAAGCUUAAAAGCUGCUGAGGAUGAUUCAGAAUCGGAAAUCCAUCUUCCGGCGGAUAUUGAUUGGGAGAUGCUUGAUAAGUCCAAGUUUUUCUUCCUCGGGGCGGCACUAUUUUCCGGUGUUUCAGGCUCACUUUACCCUAUUGUGGUGUUGAAAACACGGCAGCAAGUGAUGUUAAAUGGGAUUUCUUGCCUAAAAAUGGCUAGCUCAAUUUUGAGGAGUGAAGGAUUUAGAGGAUUCUACAGGGGUUUUGGGACUUCUCUUAUGGGAACAAUCCCAGCUCGUGCUCUGUACAUGGGAGCACUCGAAAUAACCAAGAGUAAUGUAGGCAAUGUUACUACAGGUCACCUAGGAUUGUCUGAAGCCUCGGCAUCAGCUGUUGCUAAUGCUGCUGCCGGGCUAAGUGCUGCCAUGGCUGCACAAUUGGUUUGGACACCAAUUGAUGUUGUGAGCCAGAGACUAAUGGUCCAAGGAGGUGGUUGUGAUUCAACGGCAAGUGCUGUUGGCUUACAAAAAUACAAUGGUGGGAUUGAUGCUUUUAGAAAGAUCAUAUAUGCUGACGGAGUGAGAGGAUUGUAUAGGGGAUUUGGAAUAUCAAUAUUGACUUACGCACCAUCUAAUGCUGUGUGGUGGGCAUCAUACUCUGUCGCACAUAGAGUGAUUUGGGGCUGCGUUGGUUGUUAUUGCCAUAAAAAGGAUGCGAGUGGCAGUGGUGGUUAUAGGCCAGAUGGGAAGGCGAUGGUGGUGGUUCAGGGACUGAGCGCUUCGAUGGCUAGUGGUGUAUCGGCUUUGGUAACGAUGCCUCUCGAUACAAUUAAGACGAGGUUGCAGGUUUUGGAUGGGGAAGAUAGGGCGCGUGGUAAGCCAUCAACAAUUUUACAAACUGUGAGGAACUUGUUGAAGGAAGGUGGGUUGGGUGCCUGUUACAGAGGAUUAGGUCCUAGAUGGGCUUCAAUGUCAAUGUCCGCAACGACGAUGAUCACCACUUAUGAGUUCCUCAAGCGAUUAUCGACUAAGAAUCAGGAAACUUUUGCUUCAUGAGUUCUAUUAACGUUGAGCAAAGGAAGAGCGGAGCAGGUAGAGCAAACAUGGUGUAUUUUCAUACCUUGUACGAUUAGCUUAUCCAUACUUGUCCUUGUUGGCCUGCAUAAUUGUAACUUUGUGAAUUUGUAUAAAUGUUGGAAUGCUUGUUAACUUUUGGCCUCUGGUUAAAUCCUUUGUUACCCUUA